AUGUCCUACCCAACGUUCGACUUCCAUUCCACCGCGGAAAACGUCGCGACAGCUUUCGCAGAUAGGAUUAGGGGCACAAAUGUGAUUGUUACGGGGACGUCCCUGAACGGAAUCGGAUUCGAGACUGCGCAGGCCAUCGCGCGACAUGCCAACCUGGUUGUGAUCACUGGGUACAACGGGGAGCGAUUGAAACUGACCGAAGCCGCAAUCAAGAAGGAAGUCCCCCACGCCAACAUUCGCACCCUCAUCCUUAACCUUUCGUCCCUCGCCGCUGUGCGCAUCGCCGCAGCGGAGGUCAACGCCUACGAAGAGCCGAUCCACGUCCUGAUCAACAACGCCGCGGCCCCGAUUGGCCCGUUCAAACUGACCGUCGACGGACUCGAGAAUCAAAUGGCCACGGACCACCUGGGCCCGUUCCUCUUCACCUCGCUCAUCGCCCCGAAGAUUCUCGCUGCGCAGACGGCGGACUUCACCCCGCGCGUGGUAUUCGUGUCGAGUGCUGGGCACGUGCGGGGCAAGGGUGUCGACUUCAGGACGCUAGGCCAGCCGGACCCAGAGACGUACGAGGCGUUCGACGCGUACUUCCAGGCCAAGUCCGCCAACGCGCUCACUGCAGCCGAGCUCUCGCGGCGAUCCGGUGGGAAGAUCACAAGCUACAGUCUGCAUCCCGGAGCCGUCGCAACGAACAUCAACGCCAAGCCGGAGUCGCUCGAGGCCUUCAAGGCCCUCGGGAUUCUCUUCGCGGAUGGACAGCCGAACACGCGGGACUACACGUGGAAGACGAUCCCUGAGGGCGCGGCUACGAGCGUGGCUGCUGCGUUCGAUCCGCGCCUCGAGGCGUGCCCCGGAGCGUACCUGAACGACUCGAACGUCGCGACCGACCAGCUCGCGGCGCACACUGCGGACCCGUCCAAUGCUGCUCAAUUGUGGGAUUUGUCGGAGGAGAUUGUUGGGACCAAGUUCGAUUUCGAGUAG